GAGUAGAAACAGAGUAGCAAGAGUGCACACUGCCCAGCCCAAGAUCCACCCCCUUCCUCCCUCAGUCCCUCCUCUUACGCGCUGGUGGGUAAGGUUCCUCUCCGAGAGCAAACCACUCGUUUCCGACCAUCGCCGUGCGUCCCCUGCCGCCGCCGCUCCUGCUGGGGGAGUAGCCUCCAGGUCCAGCGCAAGAAAAAGGGUCAGCAUAGCAGAUUUUUGUGAGGCAGGUUUCAAAUAAGGGAGACGAACAUCUGAAGCUGUACUUAGUACUCGUACAUUCCUAGGAGAUUGAUAUGGAUCUCACGUUCCAGUUGAUAGAACAGAUUACCAAAAGUUUCUCUGACGAUCAAAAAAUUGGCUGUGGUGCAUAUGGGGAAGUUUACAAGGGAGUGCACAAUGGUGAAGAAAUUGCCAUUAAGAAGCUUUACAACAUGCAAGGGAUUGAUGACAAGGAAUUUACAAAUGAGUUCCGUAAUCUUAUGAAGGUCAAGCAUCCGAACAUCGUACGCUUAAUUGGCUACUGCUAUGAAAUACGACAUAGACAUGUUGAGAUGAACGGAGAACUUGUUUUCGCUAAAAUAAUAGACCGACUUCUCUGCUUUGAAUAUAUGGAGGGUGGAAGCCUUGCUAAGUAUAUUUCUGAUGAAUCCUGUGGUCUUGAUUGGCCCACUCGAUACAAAAUCAUUAAGGGAAUUUGUGAGGGUCUAAAUCAUCUUCAUAAUGGGCGGAGUGAUUAUAUUUAUCAUCUGGAUUUGAAACCGGAUAAUAUACUGUUGGAUAAAAACAUGAUGCCCAGGAUUGCAGAUUUCGGCAUGUCAAGACUCUUAGCUUCAUCCAAAACCCAUAUAACUCAAACUCUAAAAGGAACACUAGGGUACAUGCCACCAGAAUUCAUUGACAAGCGCAGAAUCACAAAGAAGUAUGAUGUGUUCAGUGUUGGUGUCAUAAUUUUACAAGUAAUGGCUGGAGCUCAGGGCUACAACAAUUGUUGUGAGAUGUCUUCUCCCCAACAGUUUAUCGAGCUUGUACAUGAGAACUGGAAGAAAAGGCUUCAAGGGAUGCCAAUGCAGGAAAAUACUUACUCAAUUGACAUCCUAGCAGUGCAGAGAUGUAUUGAACUCGCAGUGAGAUGUGUGGAGGCCGAUCCCGUAAAAAGGCCUAGUAUAAUGGACGUCGUCGAUGAGCUGAAUAAACUAGAUGCUGACAUGAAGAAUAUAUCACUUCCAUGCCAGGAAACUUCUGAUUCCAAAGAUCUUGAGCUCGAUCCUGCCCUCGAGCUACGCUUCCCAUUUGAGCUAAACAGGGACAUAUCAUGUUGUAUGCAGCUAAUCAACAAGACAAACGAGUUCGUUGCAUUCAACAUCAGAACCAAUAAAAUGAAGUACAGUGCACGGCCAAGUAACGGGACUAUGGCACCAUAUUCCAAGAUUUAUAUCACAUUUACAUUGCUGGCACAAGACAAGGAUCCACCCUAUAUGCGGUGCCAAGACAUGCUCAUUGUGCAGAGCACUAGGCUCAGCAUGGAAUCCGGUGAUGAGAUCACUGACGAGUUCUUCGAGAAGGCAGUGGCAAGUAGGGUGGUGGAUGAGGUGAAGUUGCCGAUUGUCUAUGUUGUGUAGUUACUGUGCUGGAGCAUGAGUGAAAUCCAUCUAGGGUGACAUGACAAGGGAAACAUAGAGGCUCAUGACUUGCAUAAAGUUCUGCGGAUAUUUGAGAGUAGAUUCUGUCGGUAAGAAAACUAUGUUCAACUUUUGCGUGUGUAACCGUUUAGAAAGACUAAUAUGAACUUAGAUCUGUAUCCACCCUUCACUAGUUAUAUGGACUCAAAGGAUUCAUGCUACUACAUUGCGUUUUUGUAAAGGGGGUGUAUAUUAAUUAAGAACCAUUGUCAUCA